AUGGGGAGACUGAAGCCCUGGGCCCGCUACCUGCUCCUGAUUGUAGCCCACCUGCUGGCCAUGGGCCUCGGGGCUGUGGUGCUUCAGGCCCUGGAGGGUCCUCCAGCACUGCAACUCCAGGCCCAGCUCCAAGCUGAGCUGUCUACCUUCCAGGCAGAGCACAGGGCCUGCUUGCCACCUGAGGCGCUGGAGGAGCUGCUAGGUGCGGUCCUGAGGGCACAGGCCCAUGGAGUUUCCAGCCUGGGAAACAGCUCAGAGGAAAGCAACUGGGACCUGCCCUCAGCUCUGCUGUUCACCGCCAGCAUCCUCACCACCACCGGUUAUGGCCAUAUGGCCCCACUGUCUGCGGGCGGAAAGGCCUUCUGUGUGGUCUAUGCGGCCCUCGGGCUGCCAGCCUCCCUAGCUCUUGUGGCUGCCCUGCGCCACUGCCUAUUGCCUGUGUUCAAUUCUCCGGCUGCUUGGGUAGCUGUUCGGUGGCAGCUGGCAGCAGCCCAGGCUGCCCUGCUCCAAGCAGCAGGACUGGGGCUCCUGGUGGCCUGUGUCUUUGUACUGUUGCCAGCCCUGGUGCUGUGGGCUAUGCAGGGUGACUGCAGCCUGCUGGAGGCCAUCUACUUCUGCUUCGGCUCCCUCAGCACUAUUGGCCUAGGGGACUUGUUGCCCGGCCGUGGGCGUGGCCUGCAUCCAGCCAUUUACUACCUUGGACAGUUCGCACUUCUUGGUUACUUGCUCCUGGGGCUCCUGGCCAUGCUGUUAGCGGUAGAGACCUUCUCAGAGCUGCCACAGGUUCGUGCCAUGAUAAAAUUCUUUGGCCCCAGUGGCUCUAGAACAGAUGAAGACCAAGAUGGCAUCCUAGGUCAAGAUGAGCUGGCUCUGAGCACCAUGCCUCCUGACCCCCCGGCACUGGAACAAACCAUUCCAGCACCAACACCAGAACAGACCCCAGCCUGCUGAUACAAAUCAGGUGGUGGAUCUUCAACUCACAUACCUCACGUACACUGGAGGCCUUUGAACAGGAGGCCCUGAGGAGAGCUUGGGGAGCAGAGCAGGAAGUGGUUGUGGG